AAGCCGCUCUGCUCAUAUGACUGUUGCUCUGUGGUGGGGAAAACUAUGGGGAAAACAGCUGCAGUGCUCGCUUUGUUUUUGUCACCGGCUGUGAUGUGACACAAUAUCUCCGGUUUUGACCUUCUACCGCCGCAACAACGGACUUAAUCAAGUGCCUUCGGUUUAAAAUACUUCACAAGAUCUGCUGGACACCAUGACUCACUGACGUCCUUUUAGAAACCGAAACUGAAUAUUUUGUGGGUCAGCCGACCACCAUGCCACCUCCAGAUGGCUGCUCCAUCAACGCAGCGCCUUCAGACGAGAGCAAGGACAGCGAGCCGCUCAUCGAGAAUCAUGGCGUUCCUCCUCGGUGCUGCUCGGCUCGCUUCAACCUCGCCAUCCUCAUGUUCUUUGGCUUCUGCGUCGUCUACGGUCUCCGUGUCAACCUCAGCGUUGCCAUGGUAGCGAUGGUGAACAGCACGGAGCCCGAGCCAGCCGGCAACGCCUCCGUCUUCCACGCUUGUCCCAUGCCGUCAGGGAGAGAUGACACCAACAACACUUUCCAGCAGCCUAAAGGGACCCCUCAGUACCCCUGGGACUCGGAGACUCAGGGCUGGCUGCUGGGAGCCUUCUUCUUCGGAUACCUGUGCACCCAGAUCCCGGGCGGAUACCUGGCCGGUCACUACGGGGGGAGCCUCUUCUUGGGCCUGGGGGUGCUGGGCACGGCGGUCCUCACCCUCUUCACCCCUCUGGCUGCACAGUGGGGGUCCUACUGGCUGUUUGCACUGCGAGCGCUGGAGGGUUUUGGAGAGGGGGUGACGUACCCGGCCAUGAUGGCGAUGUGGGCUCGCUGGGCUCCUCCUCUGGAACGUUCUCGCCUCAUGACCCUGGCAGGGUCCGGGGGCAACUUCGGGGCCUUCCUGGCUCUGCCGCUCACCGGCUACAUCUGCCAGACGCUGGGCUGGCCGACCGUCUUCUACCUCUGUGGAGGUGCUGGAUGCCUCUGGGCGGUCUUUUGGUUCAUGUUUGUGUCUGAUGACCCUCGCACUCAUCGUCGAAUCAGCGAAGAGGAGAGAGAUUACAUCAUCAACUCUAUCGGACCGCAGGGUACAGGUCAUGGCUGGUCCAUCCCUGUAGUGUCCAUGCUGCUGUCGGUCCCUCUCUGGGCGAUAAUCAUCACCCAGAUGUGUUCAAACUGGGCCUACUACACUCUGCUCACCUCCCUGCCCACAUACAUGGACACCAUCCUGCACUUCGACCUGCAGUCGAACGGGUUUCUGUCCGCCCUGCCGUACCUCGGUGCCUGGUUGGUCUCCACGCUGUCAGGGGUCGUGGCCGACGCUCUGAUCGAGAGGAGAGUUUUCAGCAUCACCACCGUACGAAAGAUCUUCACAACCACCGGUCUGAUGCUGCCGGCGGCUUUCCUCGUUGCCGUGGGUUACUCCGGCUGCAGCCACGUCCUCACCGUCACCUUCCUCACGCUUUCCUCCACCGUGGGAGGAAGCAGCGCCGCCGGAGUUUACAUGAACCAGAUAGACAUCGCUCCUCGGUACGCAGGAUUCCUUCUGGGAAUCACCAACACAUUCGGGACAAUUCCAGGUGUCGUGGCACCGAUCGUAACCGGAUACUUUACUGAAAAUCACACGCUGGCUGGCUGGAGGAAGGUUUUCUGGGUCGCUGCAGGCAUCAACAUCGGAGGCGCUCUCGUCUUCUUGAUAUUCAGCAGCGGGAAGAUCCAACCGUGGGCCGAAACCGAGGAGGAGAAAACGGAAACGGAGAGGAGGAGGAGCAGCUCGCUAUCAGACCACAGCUGAACAAACACAGGAAGAAGAGUAGCAGGUACUUUAUGGAGAGAUCUGAACCCAGUGGAACACAUAUUUAGACUUCUACCUCUGAAAACUCAUUCAGGUUGUUAGAAUAUAUGCAGUAUUCAGACACAAAGAGCCAAGAACAACAGAACUGGAGCAGAACAGCAGAUUACACUGAAGUGUCUGCAGUCUUUUUACCUUUAACAUGGAAAAGUAUUUGUCCUCUUGAGGAGUUUAUACCCAGGUGAACUGCUGCACUUACUUUUAUAAUAAUUCCAGGUAAGAAUCUGAGCAGUUUUACACAUCAAAAUGUCAUUUAUACAUGUUUAAGCUGGUAAGUUCUGACAUCUUUUGAUAUCUAAUGGCAUAAACUGCUUUUAGAUAUGAGCACAGCAGUUACAGUAGUUUUCUAACAGAAAUAUUUAUGAACAAAGUAGGUCUUUCUUUGCUUUCUUGUCAUCUGAAAGGGAACAAACUUGUCAAAUCACAAUCUGCUGCAGGUUAUUUUCACCACAAGAGACCAACAAAUGACGAUUUUAACACUUUUUAGGCAACAGAAAAUCACUUUUAUCACUACAUCAAGAUAGAUUUACAUUAUUCAACACGUGCUGGACUCACUGCUGUCAACAAUCAGGAAAUAAGUUUAGCGCAGCCAAAAAGCAAAGUUCAGUUCUUUGUUUUUGGCUCAUAUUUACAUUUUAAUACACACAUCUCCUCAGGUGAGACCAGAACAAAUCAGCAUGUGUGAUCUGUUUCCUGUGUUUUAUUUUAGAUUUAUUUGGAACAAAGGCACUGUUUUUAUAGCUUUUUUUAAAAAAAAAAAUUGGACCAAAUGUUUUAUGAACAAACUUUAAACAACCAGAGUUUUAUUAACGGCACCACAUGACCUUCAGCUGCUUUGUUAACAGCUUUGCCUGUUCUCUGAGCACUUUUACAGACUGUUAGAGGCACUUUUCACCAACAGAAAUGCACCAAAUGCCUUAUUUUUUUAAAACAGGAAAACUAACUUUCCCAUUUGUUGGACUUAAAGCACCUUUAACUGCCAGCAUUUAAACAUUUUCUAGUGUCAUGACAUUGUUCUGAGUGAAUUUGUGGUGUUUGUAACUGAAUGUAUGAGUUCACAUCAGCAACAAAAUGUUUCUUUUUAAAUUCUCCGACUGCAAUCUUAGUUGUUUUUAUAAGGUGUAGGGAAUCUGAUCAUCUGUCAGCUCAUACGGUUUAUGAAAGAGCACUGUGAUUGUAAAGAUAUGAUGUUUGCAAAUGAAUUUAAUAAUUUAUUUACCUUCCCUGUGCUUUGAGAAUGUGUGAUGUCGACAGCUGUAUUGUUUUAUUGUGAAAUUAUGUUGUUUUACUUUGAAAAACUAAAAGAAGUGGCAUUUAAAAAGA